UUAAAUUACUGUUAGUUUUUUUUUUAUUGUUUUAAGACUAACAAAAAAAGACACAUUGUAGUACUUUGCUGUUAUUUUCAUAGCUAAACCAUGCCUUAAUGGAGACGGGACCAGCCGAUGAAUUUUUGGCAUCUGUUGGAACUACAGUCCUCACCAGGAUGGAUUUACUUACUUUAGGGCACCAACGUGAUGUAGAAGCAACAGGCAUUCCCAGACAACACAAUUCAAAUAACUGUGGAGUGUUUGUGUUGAUGUAUGCACUCUACGUGGUAUUGGAGGGGCAUUUUGAUUUCAACGAAUAUGACAUGCCAACAAUUAGAAGGUGGUGGUGUAUGCUUCUGCUGAGUAAUUAUCUAUUGAAGUCAAACGCGGAACGAAAACAACUCAGAAAAAAGAGGAGACUAGAAAGAGCAGCCCCUCCCCCACCUCCACCUGUUGAUUACUUGACCAAGAUGCCACUGGAGAUCCUCGGGCAGAUCCUGUUGAGAGUGGUCUCAGACGAUGGAGACAUGGCCUUUAUGAGACUUUCUCUCACGUGCAAGCUUUUUAGGGACAUUGCCAGUGAGACAAAAUUCAAAGAAGAGGCCCACUUCAUGUGGCUAGACAGUAAGUUCUUUAACUCUAACGUGUAUCCCAGACAGGACAGGCUGCAGCCGGGUGCUUCUCUACGGUGCUGUGAAAUAUUUAAAGACUGCCCACCUGGCUAUGGUGGGAAUGGCAGGAGGGGAGUCCUGCGUGGGUUUUAUUCCUUCAAAGACUUUGAGGGCUACUGCUCAGUUGAUUGUUUUAUUAAUGAUGGAGGUGAAUUUCAGAACGUGUAGAUGCAAUUUCUUUCUUUCUCAUGUGUCAUGUUUAUGGUUUUA